ACCCCAAGUUCGCUUCAAGGCAACCUGCAGAAGCUGAGGAGAGAAAAACGAGGGGAAGAUGACGAAAAAGUUCGAGUUCAAUUGGCUAAUAGAGGUGCCGGAGCUGUUGAGAAACGGCUCUGUGUUCGAUCGAUGGUUCGAGGACAAGGAAACGACGGAAUUCGAGCCGAGUUGCAUGUUCAAAGUCGACGAAUACGGGUUUUUUAUCUAUUGGAAGAGCGAAGGGAAGGACGGGGACGUGAUAGAGUUGGCCCAGGUGAGCGACAUUCGUUACGGUGGCACGCCAAAGGACCCUAAAUUAUGCAACAAAGUAGGGAAACACGGGUCGAUGGAGCAGGUGGACGAAAAAAGCUUGACUAUAUGCUCGGGCAUCGAUUACACGAAUAUUCAUUAUCAACACAUAAUUUGUGCAGACGCUCAAACAGCCAAGGAUUGGCAAGCUGGUCUGCGAUUAAUUACCCAUAACACGAAAGCUUCCAACGUUUGUCCCACGAUUCAGCUUAUGAAACAUUGGAUGAGGCUGAGUUUCCAAGUGGAUCCCAAAGGAAAAGUGCCAGUGAAAGUUAUAUCUAAGACCUUUGCUUCCGGAAAAACGGAGAAACUUGUGUAUCAAUGUCUAUCGGACUUAGGCUUGCCCAGUGGAAAAAGCGACAAGAUAGAGCCAAAGGACUUCACUUUCGAUAAGUUUAAAACUCUGUAUUUCAAAAUUUGCCCCCGAAACGACAUCGAAGAACUAUUUCAAUCGAUAACGAAGGGGAAGUCGGAUACGAUCAGUUUGGGCCAACUUGUGCAAUUCAUGAACGAGAAACAGAGAGAUCCUAGACUGAACGAAAUUUUGUAUCCUCUUUACGACGAGAAACGAUGCACGGAAAUAAUUAACGAUUACGAGGAAGAUGAGAAAGCAAAGGGUGCAAAGAAUUUAACGAAAGAGGGGUUCAUUCGUUAUUUGAUGUCCGAUGAAAAUGCUCCAGUGUUUCUGGACAAACUGGAAGAGUGGAUGGACAUGGACCAACCCCUCGCUCAUUACUAUAUCAAUUCUAGCCAUAACACCUAUCUCAGUGGCAGACAAAUAGGUGGCAAAAGUACUGUAGAGAUGUAUAGACAAGUGUUACUGGCUGGCUGCAGGUGCGUGGAACUCGAUUGCUGGGACGGAAAAGGGGAGGACGAGGAGCCAAUAAUAACUCACGGAAAAGCUAUGUGCACCGACAUCCUCUUCAAAGACGUCAUAUACGCUUUAAGAGACACUGCAUUCGUGACCUCGGAGUACCCCAUAAUCCUCAGCUUCGAGAACCACUGUUGCCUCAAACAGCAAUACAAAUUAGCAAAAUACUGCGACGAAAUCCUGGGCGAUCUGUUGCUGAAGGAACCUCUGAAAGACUACCCGCUGGAGCCUGGACAUCCUCUUCCACCGCCCAGCGCGCUGAAACGCAAGAUACUGAUCAAGAACAAGAGACUUAAGCCGGAAGUGGAGAAGGUGGAGCUAGAGCUGUUCCGUUCGGGGCAGUUCGAGGCGAAGGACGAAGUUGUCGAAGACCCUAACGCACCUCCAGCUCCGCCAAAGGAGGAAGUGCCUCCGGAAGCUCCUCCGCCAGCUGAAGGAGCUGCACCUGGCGAACCUGGCGCUGAGGGUGAAGCUCCUCCGAUUCAGUACACUGGCAGCACCAUGGCUUGCCAUCCUUGGCUCUCAUCGAUGAUCAAUUAUGCUCAGCCUAUCAAGUUUCAGAGCUUCGAAACUGCUGAAAAGAAGAAUAUCUACCACAACAUGUCCUCGUUCUCGGAGACAGCAGCUCUGAAUUAUCUAAAGACCCAUUCGGUGGAGUUUGUUAAUUACAACAAGCGUCAAAUGAGUCGAAUCUAUCCGAAGGGUACAAGAGCUGAUUCGUCGAAUUACAUGCCUCAGGUGUUCUGGAACGCGGGUUGUCAAAUGGUGGCGCUGAAUUUUCAAACCCCAGACUUGCCUAUGCAAUUGAAUCAAGGAAAGUUUGAGUUUAACGCGACAACAGGGUAUUUGUUGAAGCCGGAAUUCAUGAGGAGGCCCGACAAGGUCUUCGAUCCCUUUUCUGAGGACGUGGAUGGUGUCAUCACGGCUCAAUGCUCCGUCCAGGUGAUAGCAGGUCAAUUUUUGUCUGACAAGAAGGUGGGCACCUACGUUGAGGUGGACAUGUACGGUUUGCCAGCAGACACCAUUAAAAAGGAAUUCAGGACACGUAUGGUCCCUGCAAAUGGUUUGAACCCAGUUUACAACGAGGAACCGUUCCUUUUUCGAAAAGUUGUGCUACCUGACUUGGCUGUACUUCGACUAGGAGUCUAUGAAGAGAGUGGAAAGUUGUUGGGUCAGCGUAUCUUGCCUCUGGACGGUCUUCAAGCCGGAUACAGGCACAUAUCGCUGAAGACUGAAGCAAAUUUCCCUAUGGCGCUGCCCAUGCUGUUCUGCAACAUCGAGCUGAAGAUUUACGUGCCCGAUGGAUUCGAAGACUUCAUGGCUGCUCUGUCGGACCCGGGUGGAUUCAGCAAAGGAGCGGAGAAACAGGCGGAGACGAUGAAAGGGCUUGGAAUCGAGCAAACGGACGCCAAAGCUGAGGCCAAGAAGAAAAAAGAAGAGGAAGCUAAGAAGGAGGAGUAUAAACCGGAACCAAUUACGCUGGACACGCUACGAAAGGAGAAAACGUUCAAGCUGGGGAAAAAACAGCAAAAGGAGCAGGACACGAUGAAGAAGAAGCAUCUGAAGGAACGACAGACGAUGCAGAAGAAUCACUGCGCCGCCAUUGAUAAAUUGGUCAAAGGAAAAGAUAAGAACGCGUUGGUGCAGGAUGCCAACGUGAAGAAGGUAGUGAGCGAGCAAACCGCCCAAUGGUCGUCCAUGGUGGAACGACAACGGAAAGAGGAGUGGGAGUUGUUGAAGAAUCACACGGAUGCUGCUCGAGAGGAAUUCAAAAAAUUGAUCGAUGUGGUGCAAGCUGGACAGGUUAAGCAAUUGCAGGCGAAACACGACAAAGAUAUCAAAGAAAUGAACGCGAAUCAAGUGAAGGUAUCUGUGGAGACAGCUAAAGAAGUGAUGAACGAUAAAGCGUUGAAGACGAAGGGUGACAAGGAUCGUCGUAUUCGUGAGAAGAAGGAACAGAAUACGAAGAAGUUCAUGCAGGAGAGGAAGAACGUGCAGAUCAAACAGGGUCGCGAGAAGGAGAAGCUGAAAGUUAGCCACGAGAAACAGGUGGCUGGAUUGGACGGAGAGAUCGACUCGACUAUCGAAAUGUACAAGAACGAAGCGAUUCAAUACGACUUGUCCUCCAAGACAGAAUUUUUCGUAUGAAUGUUGGGACCUGUGGACAUUAUACAUAUUUCUACCUUUCAUUUGAUACUUUUCUUUAUACGAUACU